GUCUCCCUCUGCCGAUGGGUCCUCUCUUUUCAUCUUCUCCAUUUGCCGCAAAAACCUCCCUUUCUCUCUUUUCACUACCCACAAUCCUCAAUCCCCAGUUCGCUACUUCUUGGGGGGUUUUGUAGAGGUUUUCUCCUACUCAUUUCAUUCGACUAUCCGAUUUCUUUACAAAAGAAAGAUAGCAAGAAUAGACUGAGGGACUGAAAGAAGGAGAUGGGUUCUCUACAAGAUGUGUCAAGGAAAGGAAAUAGACGAAAAGACGAGGGAGAAGAGGUAGAGGGAGAGCCAAUAUUGAAGCAGCAAAACCAGAGGUUUUGCAUGUUUCCCAUUAAGUAUCCGCCCCUUUGGUAGAUGUACAAGAAGGCUGAAGCCAGUUUCUGGACCGUAUGGUCGUAGUGGCAACUUCAGGGACUGGAUAUGUGCUGGGGAGUGGAAAUGCCAUUGAUUUUGCGGUUGGACUUGUGUUGGAACAAUGAUGGUUGCUAACUCCUUGAAUCAGAUUCACAAUGACUGGAGCACUGACUUUCAAGAGUGAUGGUUAUAGUUUAGGGGUUAUCCUUCUGGAGCUCUUAACUAGACGUAAACCUGUUGAUCAUACACUCCCACAUGGACAGUAGAGUCUUGUGACAUGGGCAACUCCACAACUUAGUGAAGAUAAAGUGAAGCAGUGUGUUGAUGCUAGACUACUUGGAGAUUACCCUUCAAAGGCACUUGCAAAGUUUGCUACUGCGGCCACAUUUUGCCUGCAAUACGAAGCUCAUUUUCGGGAGCAUUGUAGUCAAAGCUCUCCAGCCUUUUUUGCACACUAGGCCCACUGUCCAGGGUAAAAUGCAACAUCCAUAAAUUCCAGUGAGUUGCCUUCCGGUCUUUUUGCUAAAUCUGACGUUAUGAUUUGUUCUGUAAAUUGAUGCUUCUGGAUUUCCAUUGUUUUAAACCUUGGAGAUUUUAUUUGUCUUGUCGUUGUAGUUCUAGUUUGACUCGAAUGAUACGAGGCGUGAUAUUUGAAUGAUUUGGGGCAUGUUAUUACUAAUUUUUAUUUUUAUUCUCUUAUUUAUAAAACUUAAAUGUAGCA